AUGGAAUUGAAUAUUAGCAACUCAUCGUUGAAUAUUACUGAUGAUAUAAGUAGUUCAAUAAUAUCAACACUUGAACAAAAAAUCAAGUUUUAUAUACUUGUUAUUCUACAAGGUCCAUCAUUUUUUUGUACACUCUUCAUGUUACGUCAUUUUCAAUGGCGUCAUUUACAAACUCAAAUCUAUGGUUUUCUUCUUAUAGUCAAUGCUUUAAUUCUUGGUGUUGAGCUACCUAUUACACUUUAUUUUUUAUAUGAAGGAAGUAUUUAUUUUGAAAAUAGAUGUUCAGCUUGGAUUACUUUGAAUUAUUCACUUUUUCAAUUGAGUAUUUUUCUUAUGACAUGGAUAUCUAUUCAACGUUAUUUAUUUAUUUAUCAUGAACAAUUCAUUUUAAGACAUAUGAUUCUUCUUCAUUAUGGACCAGUUAUAUUUCUUUAUUUAUAUUGUCCAUUACUAUAUGUUGGUAUUGUAGUAUUAUAUAAAUGUAAACCAAUAUAUGAUGUGAAACUAUAUAUAUGUGGUGGUCCAUGUUAUUCAUUAGAAUUAGGUCUUGGUUUAUUUGAUUGGGUUGGAAAUGGUAUAAGUAUGGAACUAACAACAUUAAUAGUUAAUGUCAUAGUUACUAUCCGUCAUUUUAUACAACGAUAUC